AUGUCAGGGGCAGCUUCUGCUCUGUUCCUCCUCGACAUCAAAGGCCGCAUCCUCGUUUGGCGUGACUACCGCGGCGACGUCUCCGCCAUUGAAGCUGAACGCUUCUUCACCAAAUUCAUCGACAAGCAGGCUGAUGAACAGUCUCAAGAUCCGGUUGUUUACGAUAACGGUGUUACGUAUAUGUUCAUACAACAUAGCAAUGUUUACCUUGUGAUUGCCGCGAGACAAAACUGUAAUGCCGCUAGUCUACUUUUCUUUCUGCAUCGACUAGUUGAUGUGUUUAAGCAUUAUUUUGAAGAAUUAGAAGAAGAAUCGCUAAGGGAUAACUUUGUUGUUGUGUAUGAGCUACUUGAUGAAAUUAUGGACUUUGGUUACCCUCAAUAUACCGAGGCAAAGAUUCUCAGUGAGUUUAUUAAGACCGAUGCUUAUAGAAUGGAAGUUACUCAGAGACCUCCUAUGGCCGUGACUAAUGCCGUGUCUUGGCGAAGCGAAGGAAUAAUUUACAAGAAAAACGAGGUUUUCUUGGAUGUGGUGGAGAGUGUUAAUAUACUUGUCAAUAGCAACGGACAAUUAAUUAGAUCUGACGUUGUUGGGGCACUGAAGAUGAGAACAUUUUUGAGUGGUAUGCCUGAGUGUAAACUUGGUUUAAACGAUCGAGUGUUGUUAGAGGCACAAGGUAGAACAACCAAGGGAAAGGCGAUAGACUUGGAAGACAUCAAGUUUCAUCAGUGUGUUCGGUUGGCUCGAUUUGAAAAUGAUCGAACAAUUUCCUUCAUACCUCCUGAUGGGUCAUUUGAUUUGAUGACAUACAGACUCAGUACACAGGUUAAGCCUUUACUUUGGGUGGAAGCAACUGUUGAAAAGCAUUCAAAGAGUCGGAUUGAGAUUAUGGUAAAAGCUAGGAGUCAGUUUAAGGAACGUAGUACUGCCACGAAUGUUGAGAUUGAGUUGCCCGUGCCUGUUGAUGCAACCAAUCCUAACAUUCGAACGUCAAUGGGAUCUGCAUCAUAUGCACCUGAAAAAGAUGCGUUGAUCUGGAAAGUUAGAUCCUUCCCUGGAGGCAAGGAGUAUAUGUUAAGAGCGGAGUUUCGUCUUCCCAGUAUAAUAGAUGAGGAAGCAACUCCUGAGAGAAAAGCUCCUAUACGUGUGAAAUUUGAGAUACCAUAUUUUACAAUUUCUGGAAUACAGGUUAGAUAUUUGAAGAUUAUUGAGAAGAGUGGGUAUCAAGCUCUUCCAUGGGUGCGAUACAUAACAAUGGCAGGAGAGUAUGAACUAAGGCUUAUUUAA